GCCUCGCGCUGGACCGCUGAGAAGACUCCGGCGGGAGGAGCGAGGAGCAGCGCGCGGUCCGGUGCUGCGCCCCGAGCCGUCCGGGCCCGCGCCCCGCGCCCCGCGCCCCGCGCCCCGCCCUCGGCUCACCUGGCACAGGAAGACCUCCACGUGUGCCCUCGGCCCCUGACGGGGAGGUGCAGGCAUGGCGGGAAGCAUGGCAGACAGCGCCAACCACCUGCCGUUCUUCUUCGGCAACAUCACCCGGGAGGAAGCGGAGGACUACCUGGUCCAGGGCGGCAUGAGCGACGGGCUGUACCUGCUGCGCCAGAGCCGCAACUACCUGGGCGGCUUCGCGCUGUCGGUGGCGCACGGGAGGAAGGCGCACCACUACACCAUCGAGCGCGAGAUGAACGGCACCUACGCCAUCGCGGGCGGCAGGACGCACGGCAGCCCGGCCGAGCUGUGCCACUACCACUCCCAGGAGUCCGACGGCCUCGUCUGCCUCCUCAAGCAGCCCUUCCACCGGCCGCCCGGGGUGCAGCCCAAGACCGGCCCGUUCGAGGAUCUGAAGGAGAGCCUCAUCAGGGAGUACGUGAAGCAGACCUGGAACCUGCAGGGUCAGGCUCUGGAGCAGGCCAUUAUCAGCCAGAAACCUCAGCUGGAGAAGUUGAUCGCCACCACGGCCCACGAAAAAAUGCCCUGGUUCCACGGGAAGAUUUCACGAGUUGAAUCUGAGCAAAUUGUCAUGAUAGGCUCCAAGACAAAUGGAAAAUUUUUGAUCCGGGACAGGAAUGACAACGGGUCUUACGCCCUGUGCCUGCUGCACGAGGGAAAGGUGUUGCACUACCGCAUCGAUAAGGACAAAACGGGGAAGCUGUCCAUCCCCGAUGGGAAGAAGUUCGACACACUCUGGCAGCUAGUGGAGCAUUACUCUUAUAAACCAGAUGGGCUUCUAAGAGUUCUCACAGUUCCAUGCCAGAAAAUUGGUGGGCAGCCAGGAAACAUCAACUUCGGAGCCCGUGCGCCCCUCCCCGGUGCCCAUCCUGCGACAUGGUCGGCGGGUGGAAUAAUCUCAAGGAUCAAAUCCUACACCUUCCCAAAGCCUGGCCACAGAAAGGCUGCCUCGUCCGCAGGGAGCCGGCCGGAGAGCUCCUUCAAUCCUUACGAGCCGGACCGGGGGCCCUGGGCCACGGACAGAGACGCCCAGAGAGAGGCCUUGCCCAUGGACACAGAAGUGUACGAAAGCCCGUAUGCCGACCCUGAGGAGAUCAGGCCCAAGGAGGUCUACCUGGACCGCAAACUGCUGACCCUGGAGGACAACGAACUGGGCUCUGGGAACUUCGGGACCGUGAAGAAGGGCUACUACCAGAUGAAAAAAGUCGUGAAAACAGUAGCUGUGAAGAUUCUGAAGAACGAGGCCAAUGACCCUGCUCUUAAAGAUGAGUUGUUAGCAGAAGCGAACGUCAUGCAGCAGCUUGACAACCCUUACAUUGUGCGCAUGAUUGGGAUCUGUGAAGCCGAGUCCUGGAUGCUCGUCAUGGAAAUGGCAGAACUGGGUCCACUCAAUAAAUAUUUACAGCAGAACAGGCAUGUCAAGGAUAAGAACAUUAUAGAGCUGGUUCAUCAGGUUUCUAUGGGAAUGAAAUAUCUGGAGGAGAGCAAUUUUGUGCACAGAGAUCUGGCUGCAAGAAAUGUAUUGCUGGUUACUCAACAUUAUGCCAAGAUUAGUGAUUUCGGACUUUCCAAAGCACUCCGUGCUGAUGAAAACUACUACAAGGCCCAGACCCACGGGAAGUGGCCCGUGAAGUGGUACGCCCCGGAGUGCAUCAACUACUACAAGUUCUCCAGCAAGAGUGACGUCUGGAGCUUCGGGGUGUUGAUGUGGGAGGCGUUCUCCUAUGGGCAGAAGCCCUAUCGGGGCAUGAAAGGAAGUGAAGUUUCAGCUAUGCUGGAGAAAGGAGAGAGGAUGGGGUGCCCCGCAGGGUGUCCAAGGGAGAUGUACGAGCUGAUGAAGCUGUGCUGGACAUAUGAGGUGGAUCGCAGGCCGGGGUUCGAAGCCGUGGAGCUGCGACUGCGCAAUUAUUACUACGACGUGGUGAACUAACGGCCCCACACCCUCCGUGGCUGCCAGGGGUGAGGGGAGCCGUCACAGCACAGCCCGCCCAGCAAACGGAUUUUGAGAGCGGCCCCCUCUCUGUGCCGACAGGAGAGCCAGCCUUGCGCACAGCAUGCCCUUUGACUGUUGCCCCCAGAGCCUGUCCUGGAACUCGCCCUCCCCCGACAGCCUGGGCAGACAGACAGACCCCAGGCCCCGGGGGCCCGUGGACGGCUCUGUGUUCCCUGUGUGUGCGGUUGCCCUGGCAGGUUGGUUCCCUUCGGGCUGUGUGUCUGCCUCCCGACGUCCCGCAGCCUGGAGGUGUCCCGGGCGCCCACGCCACCUGCAGUGGAUGGGAGGGAAGCAGACGGGGGCUCGGCUGCCUCCAGAACGUGGCUCCAGCAGGUCUGAAGACGGAGUCCUGCCACAGGACAGCUUUCCUGGCGAUGAAAGUGCUUUGAGGUUUUAAAAAAGAAAAAGAAAAAAAAAUUCAGGCUGGACCAGCAGGAUUUCUAAGCGUGGGGCCAGUUCACUGGGUGUACAGGUGCGGGUCGCGCCUACGCUCUGUGCGUCCAGAGACUCAAGACGCCCGUCCACGUGGAAGGUGGGGCCGUCGGCGUGAGCUGGCCUGGUGUGCCUCCCCGCUGAGGGCCUCCCCCCAGCCCACCCUCCCCGGUCAGGGCUUGCAUGGAGGUGGUGGAGAGGGGCCGUCUGUCCCCUCAGGCCUGAGCAAGGACAGAUGGCACCGUGCAGCGGGCUGUCCUCUCCUUGGGGAGGCCCUGGCUCCGUGUCCUGGAGAGACGGUGCCGCCAACCCUCCCGACUCUCUCUGUGUUCAUGGUGUGGGGGUGAAGGGGACAGCCCUGUGGCCAUGGCCACCACGGAUGAGUUUCCUAAGCUUGUUUCUAUCCAUCAUAAAGCCAGACCCGGCGCCUCACCACGAGCAUGCCCGAGUGGACUUUGGGGCAAAGCCACAUGCCUGGAAGUCCUGUGCUGGUCUCCUAGGGGGCGUGAGCCCUCGAGUAGCAAGUGAGCUCAUACGUGCCCUUGGCCCACGAACGCCAGUUUGAAAGAAUCAGCCGUCGUUCUGAGGUCCCUGACCCCACAAACUUGGGCAGUCCUUGGACAUCCUAAUGUGCACGUCCAUGCUGUGGGGAGACGACUGGUCCCUCCUUGCACCCCGGGGGCCAGGCGGGGGGAGAGGCAGAAGCUGGCACCCUUGCUGAGCUAGAAGGGGACCUGAGCCACUCAUCAAACUGGUGGGAAGAAGCGUUUAGAACCCACCCAGACUUUUCAGGGUCAUGCUCCCUGGCAGUUUAAUCGUUUUGCUGAAUAGGAAGCCCUGGCGUGCUGAGCACGUACUCAAAACAGUGGCAACAUACACUCGGAGUCCCUGAAGUUAAAAAGGUGAGUGACCGGAUCUCUGCGGCCAGGCUGUACGUAGAUUUGCUGGAGUCAUGCCCCGGAAGGGUUGGGACAAAGCACUGGUGACAGCCGAGCAAGAGGCCGUGUUCUGAAUGGCUUCCUGCUGCCGCCGGGCCGUGUCUCUGGCCGAGGCCGCCCACGGGAGGCUCCGCGGUGUGAACCGGCGACGUCUGCGAGGUCCGGAUCCUCACGGGGCGCUGGCCAGGGCUGGACCUCCCACGCUCACCGCCCACCCGACAGUCUCUACCCCCCACGCCCCCCCGGGGCCCGGGCCCACUGCCCACUCCUCGUUCAGCCAACAGAUGCGCCACUCAGGCCAGAACCAAUCAGUGCCCAUGCCACAGACACCAUGUCCCCACCGUGGGCCUGGAGGCUCCUGGAACACAGCGGUGAUCCCUGCUGUGGUGACAGGGUCACAGGGACUGUUUCAGGGGCUGUCACGGGCCUUGGCUUUCCUGUUGGACGGCAACUUCCCACUGACCCCAGCCCAGCGACUGCGGCUCUGCCUGGGUGUCCGUGCACGGGGGUGACUGCUGCGUCCUUGGGGCUCCCUCCCCCCUCCCUCCCACAGAGCACGCACCACCGUUUCAGAAGAACCACAUUUUUUUUAACUAUGAUUUUUUUUAAAUAAAAGUUUUUAAAGUAGCUUUGUGAUGAUUUUCAUGGGUGUUACUAGAAUG